AUGCGAGGAGAGUCUGCCCGUUCACGCCUUAGUCUUCACGUUACUGUGCCAAGUGAGGAACUCUUUCCCCAAAGCUUUAGCCGCGGGAUACCGAUUGGCCGAGGGGAGAGAUACACCGAGCGAAAGGAGCUUCUGUCCGGUAUUCGCGAAGGUUCGAAGGAGAAGAGGAAGACCGUAAGUGACAGCGGCACACACGAACAAGCGGGGAGAAACUCUUAUGCCUUAGCUAAAGGGACGGGUCCCAUAGACCAGUUCAUACUGCGACUAGGGAAUUCAAGUUACCGCGCCUUGCUCCGCCUGAGACUAGUCGGGUGCGAAUAG